CACCGCUCAGAAGACAGUUUAUUAAAGGAGUCUACAGAAGGGGAAUAUAAUUAUCAGAAAGAUGGUGAAGAAUCGACGCUUUGAAAAUAAAUCUAGUGAAUAUGGUAUACGGCACUUGCAAAUCCUUUUGCUCUUCAGCGCUUUGACCGUGGGCUUUGCGAUGCGAGUUAAUCUAUCCGUGGCUAUUGUGGCCAUGGCCGAAUUUCCCGAAUACAAUUGGUCGGAGAGAAUCAAAUCUCUGGUGCUGAGCAGCUUCUUUUGGGGCUAUGUGACUACACAGGUGCCAGCCGGUCCGCUGGCGCGUCGAUUUGGCGGCAAAGUGACAAUUCUGACGGGCUUAUCCGUGUGCUCCGUGCUGACCGUUCUGACGCCCCUCUGUGUUCGGCUAGGCGGCUGGCAGCUGCUGUGCGCUGUGCGUCUGCUCGAGGGCGUCUUUCAAGGCUUGCUCUUUCCCUCCUGCCAUACGGUCAUCUCAGCCUGGGUGCCACCCAAUGAGCGCGCGACCAUGGGCAACUUUACCUAUGUCGGCUAUCAAUUUGGCACGAUUGUCAUGCUGGCUACCAGUGGUUUGCUGGCUUCCAUGGGCGGCUGGCAGAGCAUCUUCUAUGCAUCGGGCGCAGCUGGCUGCAUUUGGUCUGUGGCUUAUUACUUUUGGGGUGCCAGCACGCCGGCCCAAUCCAAGAGCAUAUCUCCAGAGGAGCGAGAGCUUAUCGAGCUGGGACAAGCGAGCGAGCGUAGUGAGAACGCGGAGCUGCCAAGUCAUCAACAGAUUACGCCUUGGCUGAGCUUCUUCAGGACUCCAGCUGUGCUGGCAUUGAUCGCGGUGCAAUCGUCGUUUGCAUUCGGCUUCUGGACGUUGCUAACACAGAUACCCAGCUACAUGAAGAAUGUCUUGGGCAAGGACAUCAAGGCCAAUGCCCUGCUCUCUGCGCUGCCCUACACUGCCAUGUUUGUGCUCAGCUUCGUGUUCGCGUGGCUUUCCAAGCGAUUGCAGCGAACGGAUUGCGUUUCGCUCUCGUUCAAUCGAAAGUUGUUUAACUCCAUUGGCAUGUUGAGUCCCAUGUGCCUGCUCAUUGCCUUGGGCUAUGUGCCGCCCAGUAUGGACACGUUGGCUGUUAUCCUGCUCACCUUAACUGUGGCCAUCGGAUCGGCCACCAAUGUGGGCUUCCUCAUCAAUCACAUCGAUUUGUCGCCCAACUUUGCGGGCAUUAUAAUGGGCAUCUGCAAUGGCUUCGCCAAUUGCAUGAGUCUGGCUGCUCCGCUUGUUGUGGGCGGCAUCGUUACCGAUAAGAACAAUGUCCAACAGUGGCGCCAGGUAUUCUUCUUGGCCGCCGGGAUCUACUUUGUGGGCAAUGGACUCUUUGUGAUCUUUGGUCGCACGAGUGUUCAGCCCUGGAACGAGCCGCCAGUCAAGCAGAGAAGCAACUCAACAGCAGAGCUGGAAGCACAAAAUGAAAAGUAAUGAAAA